CUAAGUUUCUGGCAGCAUAGAGGGAGCUAUGGCUAAACAUCACCCGGACUUGAUCUUUUGCUGCAAGCAGGCUGGUGUUGCCACUGGAAGACUGUGUGAAAAAUGUGAUGGCAAGUGUGUGAUCUGUGACUCCUAUGUGCAUCCCUGCACCCUGGUGCGCAUAUGUGAUGAAUGUAACUAUGGCUCUUACCAAGGACACUGUGUGAUCUGUGGAGGCCCUGGGGUUUCGGAUGCCUAUUAUUGUAAGGAGUGCUUCAUCCAGGAGAAAGAUAGAGAUGGUUGCCCAAAGGUUGUCAAUUUGGGGAGCUCUAAGACAGAUCUCUUCUAUGAAUGCAAAAAAUAUGGCUUCAAGAAGAGGUGAUUGGUGGGCUGCCUCUUCCUCCCCCUGUCAAGCUGCUGCAGCUGCCAAAAGAAAUGCCUACAGAAGGGAAAUGGAGCACAGAGCAUCACCUGAAUUGCCUAUUAGUACACUGGUACUUUUCCACCCUUUCCUCUCCUCUCACCCAGCCAUGGUAGGAAUGG